AUGACUACUAAUUCAUCUCUUGCUACUUUAUGUUUUGAACGGGAAAAUCCAGCGGAAUAUGGCAGAAUAAUUACUGAUCCUUUAGGAAAUUUUAUAAAAAUUGUUGAAUUUAAAAACGCAACAAAUGAAGAAAAAGCAAUCAAGAUUUGUAAUUCAGGAAUUAUGGCAUUUAAACCUGCUAUAUUACGAAAAUAUUUACCCUUAGUUUUGCAGCAGCACCCUAAUCAAUUACAAGAAGUAUAUUUAACUACUAUUGUAGAAAUUACUAAAAGUAAAGGGGAGCAAGUUUCUUAUUUGUUGUCUCAAGCUGAUAAUUUAGUAUUAGGAAUUAAUACUAGGCAAGAAUUGGAAGAGGCUAAUAAGACUAUUGCACAUUUAGAAAAGCUAGUAAACAAUUAA